AUGAGUAAACUCCUCGCACGGUCGCGCGAGGUGGCUGUGCGGCCGCUUGAGCAGACGCCUCACGCAAUCGAUUACGGUCGCAAUCGAUUGCACGGCUACCUCGUGCAACCUCCUCGCAUUUGCUCGCAUGAUACAGCCUCUGCUCCUAUGAGGCAGCGCCACAAUUUUAUGCACACAAAUUACUCGGUGUUAUAUAAGAAGAGCUUCCCACUUCAAACUGCACCGGCAGGAUAUGUUUAUCCUACAUGUUCUGCCUCUAGUGGCUUGGAAAAAAAUGUAUUUAGAAAUCAUGCAGUUUCACCUCCUACAUUAGAGAACCGAGUUCCUCCUACUUUUACUUCUGAUCCACUGGUUCACACAUCAGUGUCUGAAGCAAAGCUAGCGGCUACUACAAGAAAGCUAACUUACAAUGAUAGGAAGUAUUCUGAAUCAUCAUAUCAUGCAGCUGACGAAGAUGGAACAAACAAAAAGUACACAAGACGAGAAACUGGAAAGAAAAUUUCUAUCCACAUGCUUAUUGGAAGAAUGGUUUUGGCAAGUAGGGCAUGCAUGGCAACGAUGGGAAUAUUGCACUACCAAUUGGCACAGGACAGUCUAGAUGAAAGCAGACAAGAAGAUGAGCUCCAGUAG